AUGGCUCCCCAAAAACGAACCAACAAAAGGCCCGGCUUGUUGUCUACAGGCCGACCUCCAAUCACUAAAUCUAAAGAUGCCGCGCUUUCAGCCAAAGCCACACGCACUCUGAUUCGCACUCACCACCGCCUGCUCAAAACGCGGGCUCAAGCUCUGGCAGCCGGUGAUGAAGCCCGAGUGAGCAGCAUUGAUGCUCAAAUUCAAGCCAAUGGCGGCCUGGAAAGUUAUCAGAUCGCCAGUAAACUAGGUCAAUCCAUGGACCGAGGCGGUGAUUCCAGCAAGGUGCUCAUUGACUGGAUCAAGCCUGAACUCAAGCAAUUCAAUAAGGAAAUGCCAAAGCUUCGAGUCCUUGAAGUUGGAGCUUUAAGCACAAAGAAUGCGUGCUCUAUGAACGCCGCUUUGGAUGUUUCGCGAAUCGAUUUGAAUUCGCAGGAGCCGGGGAUCCUCAAGCAAGAUUUCAUGGAGCGACCUUUGCCGUCUAAUGACGAUGAACGCUUCAACAUGAUUAGCUUGUCAUUGGUGCUCAAUUACGUACCUGAGGCAACGGGACGAGGUGAAAUGCUCAAGCGUUGCGUCAAGUUCUUGACAGCGAAAUCUGCCAUUAAAUUUGUGCCUCGGCUCUUCCUGGUACUGCCGAUUGCAUGUGUGGACAACUCGCGGUACCUCAACGAAGAAAGGCUAGGCGAGAUUAUGAAUUGCUUGGGUUUCUGUCUUACGCAGAGCAAGCGGACUUCGAAGUUGGUUUUCCAUCUCUGGGAACAUACUGGUGACUACUCGCCGAGAAAUUUCAAGAAGGAAGAAUUGAGGUCUGGCAAGACGAGAAACAACUUCGCCGUCAUUCUCAACAAAAAGUGA